AUGCGACGAGAGUUGUUUCUUCGCAUUUUGAAGGAUGUGGAAGCCUAUGAUGCAUAUUUUGUCCGAAGGAAAGAUUGCAUCGGACACUUAGGCUGCUCUUCUAUACAAAAGAUGACAGCUGCAAUACGUAUACUAGCAUAUGGAUUUUCGGCUGAUCAUUGUGAUGAGUACCCUAAGAUUGGUGAGAGUACUGCGGUUGAGAGCUUAAAGCGCUUUUGUGAUGCCAUCAUUGUGUUGUACGAGGGACAAUAUCUCCGCUCACCUAACGAACAUGACAUUGCAUGGCUGCUUCAUGAAGGUGAGGAGAGAGGUUUUCCAGGAAUGCUUGGGUCUUUAGAUUGUAUGCAUUGGGUAUGGAAAAAUUGUUCUGUAGCAUGGCAUGGCAUGCAUAGGGGGCAUCACAAUAAACCUACUCUUAUAUUAGAGGCAAUAGCAUCAAGGGACCUUUGGAUAUGGCAUGCUUUUUUUGGAAUGGUAGGCUCCCAUAAUGAUGUGAAUGUCCUAGAUCAUGCCCAAAAUUUUGACAACUUCAUCCAUGGAAGAAUGCCUCCGGUUAACUAUGUGGUGAAUGGGCACCAGUAUACAUUGGGAUAUUACCUCGCGAAUGGUAUAUAUCCGCAAUGGGCAACCUUAAUCCAAUCCAUUCAACACCCGACAACGGUAAAAAAGAGGUUAUUUUCUCAAAAACAAGAGGUGGCGAGGAAGGAUGUUGAACGAGCAUUUGGCGUGUUGCAGUCCAGAUGGGGCAUAACACAAGGAUCAGUCCGUUAUUGGAAAAAAGAUGACCUUUGCAAAAUAAUGAAAACUUGCAUAACACUACACAAUAUGAUCAUCGAAGACAAGGGUGGCAUUGAUAUUGAAAGCUAG